AUAGCAGAUAGGAUGGAAUAGGGACUCAGAUUGAGGUUGUAAUUAGUUUCUAAGCGAAAGGAGAUAACAUUUCGAAAUCAGUAAACGUUCGUUGACUUUAUUUGGGCUUUCGACAGUAAAAGGGCCAACGAUGGACGCCGAAGAAUUCCGAAAACGCGGGAAAGAGAUGAUCGAUUAUGUUGCCGACUAUCUCGAAAAUGUCCGAGAUCGCCGAGUGUUCCCGGAAGUUAGUCCAGGGUACCUGCGUGAACUUAUACCCGACCACGCACCAGAAGAGGGAGAAAAGUGGGAAAAUGUCUUUAAAGACAUUGAACGGGUGAUAAUGCCGGGGGUGACCCACUGGCACUCCCCACAGUUCCAUGCCUACUACCCGACAGCUAAUUCAUACCCUGCGAUCGUUGCCGACAUCCUGUCGGACUCCAUUGGAUGCAUUGGUUUCACCUGGGCGUCGAGUCCCGCCUGUACGGAGUUGGAGGUUGUUGUUCUUGAUUGGCUGGGCAAGCUACUCAACCUACCAGAGGAAUUCCUACACGGUAGCGGUGGCAGAGGAGGCGGUGUAAUUCAGAGUACUGCGAGUGAAGCUACUCUUGUGGCAUUACUGUCUGCGCGUGCGCGUGAGAUCUUCCGGUACAAGCAGAAGAACCCGGAUGUAGAAGAUGGCGUCAUUAUGUCGAAGUUUGUCGCCUAUUCUUCUGAUCAGGCGCACUCGUCCGUGGAAAGGGCGGGUCUUAUCGCGUGUAUAAAGAUGCGAGCCUUACCUACGGACGAUAACUCUGCUCUCCGUGGACACGCCCUCAAAGAGGCGAUUGACAGGGACCGCGCACAAGGAUUCAUUCCAAUAUUUGUUUGUGCAACGCUGGGUACCACACCUUCAUGUGCCUUUGACAACACCAUGGAACUUGGGAAAAUAUGUGAGGAAGAAGGAAUCUGGAUGCAUGUCGACGCUGCCUAUGCCGGAAGUGCUUUCAUCUGCCCAGAGUUCAGGCCGCUGCUUGAUGGCGUCGAGUAUGCAGAGUCAUUCAACUUCAACCCACACAAAUGGCUGAAUGUGAACUUUGACUGUUCGUCAAUGUGGGUAAAAGACAGUACCUUACUAACAGAGGCAUUCAAUGUGGACCCGCUUUACCUUAAACAUGAGAACCAGGGACAGAUGCCGGACUACAGGCACUGGCACAUACCACUGGGUAGAAGGUUUAGAUCCCUGAAACUAUGGUUCGUUCUUCGCAUGUUUGGACUCAAGGGUCUACAAGAAGGAAUUAGAAAGGAUGUGCAAUUAGCCCACCAAUUUGAAGAUCUAGUUCGAUCUGAUGAGCGGUUUGAGGUCGUACAGAAAGUCGUCAUGGGGCUUGUGUGCUUCAGGUUGAAGGGAACAAACGAAGUCAAUGAGAAACUUUUAAAGGAUAUAAACGCAGACGGCCGUAUACACAUGGUGCCAUCGAUAGUCAAGGAAGUUUAUUUCUUACGAUUUGCAAUAUGCGCGUCACGAACAACAUCUGAUGACGUCAGAUUUGCGUGGAACGUCAUCAAAGAACUGGCUAGUAAAAUGUAGAUGGAUUGAAUAAGACCAAUAUGCAGAUUUAUUGAUGCAAUUAAAAGUAGUUGAGCUAUGAUGCUAUUACAUUUGUACUCGGUUGCAAAUGUUUUAUAUUUUAAUUAAUGAUCAGUGUAUUUACUUAUAUACAUAUAUUUACAUUUUGUUUUGUACAUAAUUUAUGCAUAAAUCGUUGUUGAAUAUG